UGCCCUGCGGUGGCCGGAAGCUGCGGAAGGGUCAGCGCGAGGGGCCGCAGCGGGAUCCCGGAAGCGGCGCGGGGCCGGGCGGAUGGCGUCGGAGUCGGGGGCCCAGCCGCCGGGGGGAGGCCCGAGCCGGCACGAGAAGAGCCUGGGCCUCCUCACCACCAAGUUCGUGUCUCUGCUGCAGGAGGCCAAGGACGGCGUGCUCGACCUCAAGCUGGCUGCGGAUACUCUGGCUGUGCGGCAGAAGCGGCGCAUUUAUGACAUCACAAAUGUACUUGAAGGCAUUGGGCUGAUUGAGAAGAAGUCCAAGAACAGUAUUCAGUGGAAAGGAGUAGGCCCUGGCUGCAACACUCGCGAAAUUGCCCACAAGUUGAUUGAACUGAAGGCAGAGAUUGAGGAUCUGGAGCAGCGGGAGCGGGAGCUGGAACAGCAGAAGAUAUGGGUACAGCAAAGCAUCAAAAAUGUUACAGAUGAUGUGCAGAACAGUCGGUUAGCUUAUAUAACUGAUGAGGAUCUCUGCAAAUGCUUCCCAGGUGACACGCUGCUAGCCAUUCGGGCCCCAUCAGGCACUCAAUUAGAAGUUCCCGUCCCUGAGGGCUUGAAUGGCCAGAAGAAAUACCAAAUCCACCUGAAAAGUACAAGCGGUCCGAUUGAUGUCCUGCUUGUCAACAAAGAUGCCUGGAGUUCUCCUCCAGUAGUGCUUCCUGUCCCUCCCCCCGAAGACCUCAUCCAGUGCCAGCUGGUCACCCCUUCCAAGCCUCAGAGGCCACCCCUCGUCCACUCUGUUCCCAGUCGUACCCAGCCUUCUGCGCCCGUCCCCAGCAGCACACAAGACCAUGUCUGUGCGGCCCUGAAAACAGCUGGUGCCACAGAAAGCGCCAUCUCGAUAGCAGAAUCCAAAAACAUUGGGGAGCUGGACCCUCUCACUCCCCCGGCAGCUCCCGUCAUCUCCCCUGCUGGGCUGGAUACACAGCCCCUCCAGUCGUCCGCCUCGCUAGACAGUGGCUCUGUCCUGCCCAGCCCCUCUACCUCUUUUCAGCUGAUCAAACCAGACCCCACAGAAAUACUAGAACUUCCUAAAGAGCUUUCAGAGAUGUUUGAACCAGACAGAGAAUGCAUGAAUUCGGAGCUGUUAGAAGAGCUAAUGUCAUCUGAAGUGUUUGCCCCCUUGCUUCGCCUCUCCCCCCCUCCCAGUGACCACGACUAUAUCUACAACCUGGAUGAGAGCGAAGGCGUGUGCGACCUCUUUGAUGUGCCUAUCCUCAACCUCUGACUCCUGGGCCGAAUACUUUGGAAGUACUGUGGGUUUUUUUUUCCUUUUAGAAAGCCACCCUGUCUUUUGAAAAGACAAACAAGCCUGUUUUUUAUUAUUAUUAUUUUCUUUUUAUGCUUCCGUGACACAUCGACCUGCUGGGUCUCAAGACUUCAAAAUGAAGAGGGAUGGACUUCCGAACUGGCAUCCUCCAGCUCUCUCCCUCCCGUGUUGGAUAGGCCAAGUCCUUUGGUUUGACCUCAUUCUCUCCUACCUGUCCUGUCACUGGAUCCUGGGGCUAUUGCUGUUGAAACUUCCUGAAUGGCGAACGUUCUUCCUCAAGUCCAUGGACCUGUUUGAGCUUCCUUGUGCUGCUUUGGUACAGGGGAAAGCAAAACCACUGCAUCAACUCAGUGGAUUGGUUUUACACACGGAAAGGUGCUUAGGAAAAUUGGCAUUUCACGUCUCAGCCUCCUUUGUGUAUCUUAAAGCAUCAUGAUCCUGCAAGCUCUCCUCUAGCAAUGUUCAAAAACAAAGCAAUGAAGCAUG